GCGAGGAUUUUUUACGGAUCGCCGCGACUACUGCGCUUGUGUGUUGUGUGAUCGCGACAAUUUGUCGCCGUUAAAAGAAUUCCGUGACAUCAGUAGUCGCGUUGUGUCGGUGGCAAAAACAGGACUCAUUUCCAGACGCUCUGACCGCAACAAAGAAAUAUACUCCCCACCCUCCCCCUGGCUUCCCACUCUGCUCCACCCACCGCACAACACAAUCGCAAAAAUCAACGUCGACAGAAAGAAGCGAACUCUUCUAACCGUUCCGACCACCGCAAUUAUCACCUGGUGUCGACGACUUAGUGAUCGGCUACUACUUUUCGUACAUCCAUCGCACCGCGGAACCCAGUGACUGACCACCACGAACUACACGUGUCGUCCGCCACCCGGGACAGAGUUUGUGUUCAGUUCAGUGCAUACGAACGACUUACUACUGAAAUUUUGUGUGCGGGCUGUGUGCUGGAAGCCAUGCUUCCUUUGGCGACGACUCAGUGAGUGGAGUUCCUACUGGGACAAACAUGUCCCAGUUUGCCUUCCGAUCAUCGCCGAAUACUCAGAGUGCAGUAUCAUCGGGUCCUAGUCAAUCAACCACCCCACCAAGCAGCAUGGCAGUGACAUCAUCGGCUCCAACACCCGGUACUCCUCCCGCUCCCAGUCAAAGGUGCUGUGAUACGGGUCGUCCCCUGUUCACCGAUCCCAUCACCGGACAGAGUGUGUGCUCAUGCCAGUACGAACUUUUAGGUUAUCAAAGGCUGGCCGGAAGCGUGCCCGGUCUUCCGGCACUGUCCAUGUACAGCGCUCCUUAUCCCGAAGGAAUGGCUGCCUAUUUCCCAGCUCUGGGAGCUGAUCAAGCGCCCUUCUACACCCCCACGGCUGGCUUGGAUCUCAAGGAAAACCUGGCUGCCGGCGCAGCGGGUUGGCCUUACCCGUCGGUUUACCAUCCGUACGACACUGCAUUCGCCGGGUAUCCUUUCAAUGGUUAUGGUAUGGAUUUGAAUGGAGCGCGAAGGAAAAACGCCACUCGAGAAACGACAAGCACCUUGAAAGCUUGGCUUAAUGAACACAAAAAGAACCCGUACCCAACUAAAGGUGAAAAGAUAAUGCUAGCAAUUAUCACCAAGAUGACAUUAACGCAAGUAUCAACGUGGUUCGCUAACGCAAGAAGACGUUUGAAAAAAGAAAACAAGAUGACAUGGGAACCCAGAAACAGAGUGGAGGACGAAGAUAACAAUAACGAUGAUGAUGAUGAUCAAGACCACAAAAGCGCCGACGGAAAAGAUCUGCUAGAUUCCAAAGAUUCAGGCACCGCUUCAAGUGAAGACGGAGACAGGCCGCCCCAUUCUCGCUUGGCUCCAGACACAGCCAGCGAAUGGAGCGAAUCGCGACCGGACAGCGGUCCGGACAGUCCAGACCUUUACGAACGUCCCCCCCAUCCCGCCUUCCUGCCCCCCAGGUCAUCCGGAUCUCCGCCCCAGAUGUCCGCUUCGGUGACUUCUAAGCCGAGAAUCUGGUCAUUGGCGGACAUGGCCAGCAAAGAGAGCGACGGACCGCCGAACUCCGCGGCUUCCACAUUGUACUCUCAAGCCCAUGGAAGGUUGGUUCCAUCCUUGGCGGGCAGACUACCACCGCCAGGUCUUCAUACCGCCCCCUACGCAAGACCGCACGACUUCUACAGGAGUCUGUACGGUCCGGCUGCUCAGCAGUUGGCGGCCGCCAGCGGCGGUUCCCCCGACGCCAGUCUUCUGGAGACUUACCAGAGAACGUUGGGGGCGGUUAACGCAAGUCACACAGUACCUUCGUCUCUUAAUUCCGUACUUACCAAAGCAAGUCUGGCAGCAGCCACAUCCACGUCGAGCAAUUCGUCGAGCCUGCCACUGGGUUUGACCACCAGCGCUUCGAGGAUGUCGCCUUCGUCGACGUCCAGCCUGUCGUCUGGCUCGGAGACUCCGCUGAAACCGGUGGCUUUGAAUAAGGCUUGACCGCUUAAUAGGGUGGUCGAGAUUUGGCCGUAAACUACCUCGGAUCUUGUGCAUAUUGACCAAUGAUGGACAAUAAGUAAAACGGACGCCUGCAUUUGUAGUGAUUGUACAGUUAUAUGUGAUAUACCUUUUCGUUCCUUACUUCCCCGGCGCCCGUUCUAGAACACUAAACAACAGUGCGAAACACUUGCAGUGGGAGUUCAUGUUAUUUAAAUUAUUUAUAUAUUGUAAUAUUUGUUUCUCCUCUCGUACUAUGUUGGUUAUCCACACUUUCGACCUGCUGUUUUUUAUUGUAAAUAAAUUUGGUGUUCUAGUGGUUCCCUCUAAUUCAUUUUUGUAUAUAAAUUCGACUGUCCCAAAAUGGCAGCAGUAUAAAUCUUGUAUCUAUGUAUGUACCUAGUUUAGACUUGUAAACAAAUAUUUGUUAUUAUAAUGUGUAAUAUUUAAGAAAUAUAUACAUAUAAAAGUAUACAGUACAUGGAAAGAUUUAGGAUUCAUUGUAUUAUAAAAAAGGUUCACCACACACAAAAAAAUACAUACACACGAGUAUAUUUUCCAGCAGACAUAUCAAUUAAUUGAUCAGUAACAAUUCUAUAUUUCCAAUUUUACCCAGUCGUGUGUCGAAGCUGCAAUAAAUAAAUCGUUCAUUAUUUA